AUCCGUCUCCUAUCGUGACAACACACCCAUGCGCUGUGAUGACUACCGAUGGAGACAACUCGAUACACUCGUCCUUUUCUAAUGCCAGGACGGUCGAAUGCAAUUGGGUUUUCAGUGAGCGAAUCCAAGUAACGCAUCGAUACGCAAGUCUAUCCGCCAACGUGACGGCAGUCGGAACAAUUUACCAAGUCAGCUACCCCUGCAAUUUCCCCUGUCAUACGCCCCACGACUUAAGAUCACUUUACGUUUGGCCCAUGCACCUGUCCUCGUGACCCUUCUCGCCCCCUCGCCGCGGCCCAAGCUCCCUCCUGCGACCCCAUCCAAGCCAACACGUACAUCCUCCGCGACAACGAGUCCUCAUUCUCCGCUGCUCCCACACCGCUUGCUCGGUAACACGCAAUGCGCCAUUUGCUCGCCGCACAAUGACGGCAACUGCAACUUGACUGGCCCCUCGCCACCCAGUACACGUAUGACUUUCAAGGCAUCAACGUUUUGCAUCGCCGUCCGCGGCAAAACUCCGCCACCAUAACACCGAUGGUGGUCUCCACUCGACCCAUUGCCACCACCGGCGCUCCGACAACGUCGACCCAGGCUCAAUUGUCAACCGCAUGCCCCCCUCCCGCGUGUGCACAAGCCGUGGUCGUACCUGACCCCCAUUGUGCGCACGCACGCGCGAUUGCCGAUACCGCCGCGUCCGUGAAUAACGUCGCCAUCGUGAUAACAGCAUCCAGACCAACGUCCAAAUUGCCAAAUGCAAUAUGCCCUCAGCGGCGACUUGAUCACGCCCAAAUCCCCCCACGAACCCUUCUUCUACUCCCACCCCGCACUCCUCCACACCAUCCCCAGCACCAUCUUCUCGUCAUGCGCCAUCAAAAGCCGAUCCGUUUGCUGCGACACCAACAUCACGGUUGACGAGGGAUCCGCCGCCACACGCGCCUCGUUUGCCAGCUUCCGGUCCAAAUAUAACCAGCACACCAACAACAACAACCUCAGCACAGGCGCAAACUACGUGGCAUUGCCACGCUGUCCUCCAUCGUUGGCAACUGGGAGUGCACGAACGUCGACUGCCGGCUGCAUCGACGAUGCCGACAGCGCCAGUGCGGACGUCGUCAGCAAGUUGUCGUGGGACGCCUGGGUCACGGCGUUGGUCGGGCGGACAGGGUUGUCUAGCGAUGCUGCAGCGGCCGGGAAGGUGCGCGCGCUACUCCACCACUUUUGCUUCGUAGGGGUGCCAGAAUAUACAGCGACCGUCCAGCCCACGAUGGGAAUGAUCGCCUACAUGGACGCCCCACCGCAGGCACAUCCUCGACGACCUCCUGAGCCACAUGAUCCCUCUCCACGUCCGUCCCGAGCCUGUGGCCGCCAUCCACAUGGACAUGUCAUGCGGCUGCAUUGGCGCUUCCACGAAACUUUGGACCCUCCACGUCGCCCAAAUGGUGUGCAUGUGUACGAGGUCUCGUUUGAAGAGUUUGGACCAAGUCCAAGGGUGCCACCGACCCCUUCGCUCGUCUGUGGAGCGGGACGGCAUUUCUUGGCAUCGAUCGCUCAUGACGCUUUCGUCUCUGGCAUUUCUUGCGCCCUGUCGACUACGCAGUCGAGGUGUUGUUCCUGGAUGAUGCCCAUGGGCUCACGUGCCAAAGGACACAAAACGAUGUCGCAUCGAGCAAAGGGACGUUUCCCGUGCUUGAUCAAGGCUCUGUUCGCGACAGCUCCAUUUGAUGCCAACGGUCCCAGAAGUCCUGGCCUGUCAUGUCGUUGUUCAGUUGGGCCGUGCGCAUCCCGUCACAUUCCUUUGGCAGCAAUACGCCAACGAUUGCGAUAUGGCGUCCCCACUUGGAACGUCGUUUUCCGUCGCCUUGGACGCGGUGAAGGGCCACAUGGACGCUCUGCAGAGCCAAAUGCAGGCAUGGGAGGCUCACGAAGCCCGACUCGCAGCGUUCCAGGCCCAAAUCCAGAAAAACAUGGCGUUGUACCCGACGGUCAUUGCGCUGGACGUUGGCGGCAUGGUAUACAAGACGUCGAAGGCGACGUUGUUGGCCGUGGAAGGCAGCUACUUCCACGCGCUCUUGGCGUCGGAGCACUGGACGCCCGACGACGGUGGCUCGUACUACCUGGACCUGCAUGGCCCCACGUUUGCGCGCGUCCUCGACUACCUUCGGACGGGCACCCUCUCGGUCGACGGGCUAAACCCAUGGGAAUGCCGGCAGCUGCAAUCGUCGAUGGAGUAUCUGCAGCUGGGUGACGCGCCGACGACGCCGACUGUGGCUUGGAAGUGGGCGCCUGCGUUUGGGCCUGGUGUACUCGUGUCGUCGGACGGACGUGUGCUGCACGCCAAAGCGUCGGCGCCGUUGUUGGGCAAGUUUUUUGUUCGAGGAGACACCCCCGUGAGUGCGUUUGUGGUGCAAGUGAUGGAGGUGUCGUCGAUGGUCGUGGGGCUUUGCCCUGCAACGUGCUUGUCUGCUGUCGAAGCGUCCAAGCGCGGAUGUUGCACAGCGUUCUCGUCCACGUCGUUCAAGCACGACGUUCUGCGGUGCCAGCCCGGCGACGUGCUUGGCGUGCGCAAAACUGGUGCCAACGUGUCGUUUUCCCGCAAUGACGAGAACGUGUUGGUCUUGACUGCGCCACGGCCGAGCCAACUCGUCGUGCCAUUUGUCGUGCUGCCACUCGCCUGCACAACGACCCUCUACCUGUUGGAGUAGCUCGAGGUCCUAACUCGGGAGUUGCAUUGCGUCAUGCGUAGCUGUGAUGUAGCUGCCCUUGCU